AACGUAUUGCAAGAAGAACGACAUUGGUUGCGCAUUUCUAUACCUCAGGCAGAUUUAAAUGAUGUAAUUACUUACAUUGGCUUUAGGUUGUGGAAAGCAUACAAACAUACCUGUUGGGACAGCGUUCACCUAUAGUAAUUGCAAAAAGAAAGAUAGUGUUGCUUCUUAUCGAUCUACUUUAAAAUUUGAAGCGGUUGAUGAUUCAGGAGCAAUGGCAUUCACAACAUUCACUGCUGAUACAGAGAAGUUGUUUGGUAAAUCUGCUGAAGAAAUUCAUUUCAUGAAAGAUUAUGAAGAUGUACAAAGUUUUGGUUCAAUUUACCAAAAACUUUGUAACAACUAUGUUUUGGUUGAAGUUGGUCCAACAACAACUUUGUCAAGGAAUAAUAUCCUUCAAUGGUGUUUGAAAGGAAUAGAGAUUGAGGCAAAAAAGAAAAGGCAAAGUGAAGUCUAUUCUAAUAUAUCAGAGAUGUACCAGAGUAAUAUUGAUUCAGCUUCAGGUUCAAAAGCAUUUGAUCAGACAGACAAUGCAGUCACAGAUUCUGAAUUGCAUGAUACGGAUAUAUCUAAUGAUCUACCAAAUGUUGAGGACAUACUUAAUCAAACACUACACUUUUUCUAAACAGGAUACAACUCCUACUGUAGAUCACUUCAUUAAUGUUAAAGAUAUGCAGCCUUUUCCAAAGAAUAGUGGUGCAAAAAGGAAGAACAAAGAAAUAAAUA